CUGAAAUUUCCACCCAAAUCCUUUCCCUCUUCUCUCUCCCACACACACAGUCACACAGUGACACAUACAACUGAUGCAAACAAUUCUCUCCAAAAACUACACACCGAAACCCUCUUAAUUAUCAAUCUUUAUGGUUUUAAAAAUGCCUGAUUUUGGCAAUCUUUUGGACCCAAAUAUUGAAAUUUCAAGUGAAUCAGAUAGCCAAAUCCAGGCCCUUAUUGUUUCUGACCCAAAUACCCAAAUGGGGUUCCCUAUUUUGCAUAAAGAAGAUGAAUUGAAACUUGAAAAUAGGGUUUUGAGGCAGUGUGGUGGUGGGUCUGUGGCGAAAAGGAGUUUGGAUGAUUAUGUUAAAGAUUGGGUUCAGAGGAAAGUCAAUGCUGGUGUUGAUAAAAACAAUUGUUUCUUGCCAUUCCUUGUUCAUGCUCCUAAAUUGGUUGAGUGCUCUGUUUGCCAAAGAUUGAUUUUUCCUGGUGAGGAGGUAGGAUGCUCUGUUCGAGAUUGUAUGGGAGUUUUCCACUUAAAAUGUGCGAGAGAAAGACUUGGGUUAUCUUCUCCCAAAACAUUUAAGUGCCCUCAGCAUGUGAGUUGGAUUUU